AAGGGCCCCGGGGCCCCCGCCUGGGUCAGUGUUCAGGCCACAGUGGUGUCAUCAUGCCAGGCUCUACGUGCCUGGCGUCUCUGGUCCUCCUGGGGGCCGCAGUGUGUGCGGCCCAGCCUCGCGGUCGGAUCCUGGGCGGUCGGGAAGCCGAGGCGCAUGCGCGGCCCUACCUGGCGUCCGUGCAAGUGAACGGCAAACACCUGUGCGGCGGCGUCUUGGUCACCGAGCAGUGGGUGCUGAGCGCUGCGCACUGCCUGGACGACGCGGCCGAAGGGAAGGUGCAGGUGCUCCUAGGCGCGCACUCCCUAUCGCAGCCCGAGCCCUCCAAGCGCCGGUACGACGUGCGCCGAGCGGUGCCCCACCCGGACAGCAGGCCGGACACCAUCGACCACGACCUCCUCCUGCUGCAGCUAUCGGAGAAGGCGGCACUAGGCCCGGCCGUACAGCCUCUGGCCCUGCAGCGCGAGGACCGCGACGUGGCGCCCGGCACACUCUGCGACGUGGCCGGCUGGGGCGUGGUCAGCCACGCUGGCCGCCGGCCUGACCGCCUGCAGCACGUGCUCUUGCCGGUGCUGGACCGCGCCACCUGCAACCUGCGCACGUACCACGACGGCGCCAUCACCCCGCGAAUGAUGUGCGCGGAGAGCAACCGCCGCGACAGCUGCAGGGGCGACUCCGGAGGUCCGCUGGUGUGCCGGGGAGUGGUCGAGGGUGUGGUCACCUCGGGCGCGCGCGUGUGUGGCAACCGCAAGAAGCCGGGCAUCUACACGCGCGUGGCGAGCUACACGGCCUGGAUCGACGGCGUGCUGGCAGAGGGCGCGGAGGCCUGAGCGGGACCUACGGCGCGGGGCACGAGGAGAUGGUAAUAAAGGCGUUCGUUUCUA